AUGAGUGAGCAUUACGUCGGCAGCCAAGCCAAGGGCUUUAAUCAGCCCUAUGGCUAUCCGAUGAAUUGCAAUAUGUCACGUGUAUUCAUGGAAAUGACAGAAGAAGAUCGAAAAUGCCUAGAAGAACGAAAAUAUUGGUGCUUCAUGCUUAGCAGCAUCGUGACAUUCUGCGUGUCGAUGCUUCUGGUGGUGACAUGGCGAAUCGUCACGCAUCUGUUCUGCCAACGACGAGAACGUGACGACGACAUCGUCGCCGUUCCGACCAUCCAGGUAGGCUUGAACAGCAAGCAUAGCGCCACCAAGGCUGAAUUCGACAGUAUGGCAUUAAAGCAGGAAGAGAAACACUUAGGUUGGAUGACAGAGGCAAAGGACUGGGCUGGUGAAUUAAUAUCUGGUCAGAGUCUAACGGGUCGCUUUCUGGUCGUCCUAGUAUUCGUGUUGUCUCUCGGCUCGCUUGGGAUCUACUUCUACGAUGCCAGUUUUCAGAACUUUCAAGUGGAGACAUGCAUACCGUGGCAGGAGAGUCCGUCGCAGCAGAUCGAUCUUGGAUUCAACAUCUUCUUUCUUGUGUAUUUUUUUAUUAGAUUCAUUGCUGCCUCCGAUAAAGUAUGGUUCCUUCUGGAGUUGUACUCGUUUAUCGACUACUGUACCAUACCACCCAGUUUUGUUGCUAUUUAUUUACAAAGAAACUGGUUAGGCUUUCGUUUUCUUCGCGCCUUGCGUUUGAUGACCGUACCAGAUAUUUUGCAAUACCUCAAUAUUCUAAAGACCUCGUCUUCGAUUCGACUCACUCAACUUGUAACUAUUUUCGUAUCCGUCUGUCUUACGGGUGCCGGUGGCGUGCACUUGUUCGAGAACUCGGGCGAUUUCUUCAAGGGUUUCAUCAAUCCGCAUCGAAUCACCUAUGCGGAUUGCGUAUACUUUGUGCUCGUUACAAUGUCAACAGUGGGUUACGGUGACAUAUACUGUACGACGUUGUGCGGCCGCAUUUUCAUGGUGUUCUUUAUUCUCGGCGGUCUUGCUAUGUUCGCCAGCUAUGUACCAGAAAUCGCUGAUUUAAUUGGAAAUCGACAAAAGUAUGGUGGAGAAUACAAGGGCGAACACGGCAAGAAGCACAUUGUUGUGUGCGGUCACAUCACUUAUGACUCGGUCAGUCAUUUCCUCCAGGAUUUCCUACACGAAGACCGCGACGAUGUCGACGUCGAAGUUGUCUUCCUUCAUAGGGUAGUACCAGAUCUCGAGCUGGAGGGUCUGUUCAAGCGGCACUUCACUAAAGUGGAGUUCUUCACCGGCACCGUAAUGGACUCUCUGGACUUGUCGCGGGUCAAGGUCUCUGAUGCGGAUGCUUGUUUGGUGUUAGCGAACAAGUACAGUACGAAUCCUGAUGCGGAGGAUGCAGCUAACAUUAUGCGGGUGAUUUCUAUUAAAAACUACUCAAGUGAUAUUCGAGUAAUUGUACAGUUGAUGCAAUAUCACAAUAAGGCUUACUUAUUAAAUAUUCCAUCGUGGGACUGGCGACGGGGUGAUGACGUGAUUUGCUUGGCUGAGCUGAAACUCGGCUUUAUCGCACAAUCCUGUCUCGCACCAGGCUUUUCCACGAUGAUGGCGAAUUUGUUCGCGAUGAGGUCGUUCAAAACGUCGCCGCACACACCACCUUGGCUGAACGACUACCUUCGGGGUGCAGGCAUGGAGAUGUACACCGAAAAAUUGUCGCAUGCCUUUGUUGGAAUGUCAUUUCCGGAAGCCGCGGACCUGCUCUUUACCCGACUUGGACUUCUUUUAUUGGCUAUCGAGUUAAAAGAUGAAGAGAACAAAGAAUGUGAUAUCGCCAUCAACCCCGGGCCUUCAUGCGUGAUUCAACCACAAACCCAGGGCUUUUUCAUUGCUCAAAGUGCCGACGAAGUGAAGCGAGCUUUCUUCUGGUGCAAGCAGUGUCACGAAGACAUUCGGGAUGUUUCGCUCAUCAAAAAGUGCAAAUGCAAGAACUUGGCUCUCUUUCGACGGAGUACCAAGCACAGCACAGCACACGGUAAGUCUUCGCUACUUAACGAUUACCUUUUUCUUAGGCCAUCGUCGGGCAAGAGGAAUUCGAUGUCAAUUCCUCCAGAUGGGCGUGGUGUUGAUUUCACUAAAGACUUCGAGCAACAAGAUAUGAAAUACGAUUCGACCGGAAUGUUUCAUUGGUGCCCUGCGCGGAAUUUGGACGAAUGCGUAUUGGAACGUCAUCAAGCCGCCAUGACAGUGCUGAAUGGACAUGUUGUCGUGUGCCUUUUCGCUGAUCGUGAUUCACCACUGAUUGGCUUAAGGAACUUCAUAAUGCCUUUAAGGGCCUCAAAUUUCCACUACCACGAACUGAAACACGUGGUGAUCGUUGGUGACUUGGAAUAUCUACGCAAAGAAUGGAAAACACUCUACAAUCUUCCCAAAAUCUCCAUUCUAAAUGGUUCUCCAUUAUCUCGAGCAGAUUUGAGAGCCGUUAACAUCAAUCUGUGCGAUAUGUGCGUAAUCAUAUCAGCUCGAGUGCCAAACACCGAGGAUACGACAUUAGCCGAUAAGGAGGCAAUUUUGGCAUCUUUGAACAUAAAGGCAAUGCAGUUCGACGACACACUGGGAUUUUUCCCUCUACGAGGUGGUGAUCGUAGUCCACUGGGCAGCCCAAUAAGUAUGCAGAAAAAGGGUGCUCGUUUGGGCACUAACGUGCCCAUGAUCACGGAGUUAGUGAACGAUUCGAACGUGCAGUUCCUCGACCAGGAUGACGACGAUGAUCCCGACACCGAGUUGUACCUCACACAGCCAUUUGCUUGUGGCACUGCUUUCGCUAUUUCUGUCUUGGAUUCCUUGAUGAGCACUACCUAUUUCAACGAUUCUGCGUUGACUUUGAUUAGAACGCUUGUAACCGGUGGAGCAACUCCAGAGCUCGAAUUAAUUCUGGCAGAAGGAGCAGGCCUCCGCGGUGGAUAUAGUACGCCUGAGACGUUGGCGAAUCGCGACCGCUGUCGAAUCGCUCAGAUCGCUCUCCACGAUAAUCCUUACGAAGGAAUUGGGCACAAUUCGACAUACGGUCAAAUGUUCACAACGUCAUUGAAGAAAUACGGCCAACUCUGCAUCGGUCUGUACCGGUUGCACGACCAGGAUAAUCCGGAGUCCGUAAAGCGAUAUGUAAUUACAAAUCCGCCUGCAGAACUUAGAAUCAGGAGCUCCGAUUAUGUGAGUAUUUUUCUAAGCUAUGAAUGA